AUGGAUCUCCUUAGCAGCACGCGCUCCGAUGCCGCGUCCGUGCAGGUGGCCCUCAGGAUCCGCCCCCAGGGCAACCGGGAGAAGCUCGACGGGUCGAAGAUCUGCACCCACGUUAUACCAAAUGAGCAACAGGUAACGAUCGGCGGCGAUCGCUCUUUCACCUAUGAUAAUGUUUUCGACACACAGUCUCAGCAGAUGGAAAUCUAUGAAAAAUGCAUCGAAAAACUCGUCGAAGGCACCUUUGAUGGGUUCAACGCUACGGUGCUGGCCUAUGGACAGACCGGCUCCGGCAAGACGCACACUAUGGGAACGGCUUUUGACUCCGGAAAUGUGCCGGAUGAGCUGAUUGGUGUCGUCCCCCGCGCCGUCCACCACGUCUUCCGGCGAAUUGCCGAACUUCGCGGUGAAGCGGCGGAUAAAGGAAUUGUUCCGCCAACUUUUGACGUUUCCGUGCAGUUCAUUGAGCUUUACAACGAGGAAAUUCUCGAUCUCCUCUCUGACGACCGGAGCUCUUCGGCAAAUAUUGGAAUUCGAGAAGACGUGCAAAAAGGCGAGAUCUACCUCCAUGGAUGCGCGACGAGGCUUGUAUCGGACGCUCAUCAGACCCUCGAAAUCCUGAAAAACGGAGCCCUGAAUCGAACGGUUGCCGCCACCAACAUGAACGAACAAUCCUCCAGAUCCCAUGCCAUUUUCACGAUGACAAUUCGGCAACAGAGAGUGGCACUACAAGGCGAAUCCGCAUCAGCUGGAGAGACGGAGCUCGAAAUCCUGACGGCAAAAUUCCAUUUUGUCGAUUUGGCCGGCUCGGAGAGGCUGAAAAGGACCGGGGCCACUGGAGAUCGAGCCAAGGAGGGAAUUUCGAUCAACUGUGGACUGUUGGCCCUCGGCAACGUCAUCUCGGCUCUUGGUGGCGCUAGUGGAAAGGUGUCACAUGUACCGUACCGAGACUCGAAGCUCACUCGAUUGCUGCAAGAUUCGCUGGGAGGAAAUAGCCGCACACUAAUGAUCGCAUGUGUCUCGCCAUCGGAUUCCGAUUUCGUGGAAACGCUGAACACGAUGAAGUACGCGAACCGGGCGAAGAACAUCAAGAAUAAGGUCGUCGCCAAUCAAGAUAAAUCUUCCAAAGCCAUCGGAGAACUUCGAGCUCGAAUUGCGCAGCUCGAGACCGAGAUCUUGGAGUAUCGGCAGGGCCGUCGUACUGUCGAUGCCGAGGGUAUGGAAGUCGUCUCGGAUCAAUAUCACGAGAAUAUCAUGCUUACGGCCGAAGUCAACCAACUCCGCUUCCGCGUCAAAGCCCUUCAGGAGACAAACGAGAUUAUGCGAGGCAGAAAUGUGGAGUUACAGGCUAAAGUCGACUGCGCGAAGGUCGGCGUGGUGCUUUCGGGUGAUAAAGAAAAUGACGACGCCUUCGCAUCUGUGGUCCGUGGGUACUUGGAUGAGGUGGAGAAGCUCCGAUCCCAGCUCUACGAAGCACAAGCCACGUCCGAGCAGCUACGGAAGGAGAACGCGAGGUGGAAAAAUCAGGCGAUGUCCGGCGGUAUGCACCAAUCGAUGGGAGCCUCGGUGUUCGAUUCGGGUGGCCAGCAGCUGAUCGAAGAAGCCAGAAACGACAUCGAUCGACUCAGGAACCGAUUGGCUACCGUCCAGGAUCAAACAAACGAGGAGACGUCGGAUUACGCUUCUCCCCUCGAGAACACGGAAGAAGACGUCAGCGAUGAUGGUGACGGCGACGAUGAGGAUGACCUCCCAGACGAUGAGAGCCCGGCAACAACGGCCCUUCGUGAAAAUCUUGCCGACCUCGAGACCGAGAUCAACAUCAAGGAAAGACUCAUCUCCGAGCUCGAGCGGUCUGAGCGCCGACUCUCUGAAGUUCGACUGACCUAUGAGAAGAAGCUGACUGAACUGAGCACCAGGAUAAAAGCCACUGAAGCGGAGCGCGACAAGAUGCUGGCUGAGAUGUCGACGAAGGGAGGGGCGAACAAGAUGGCUGAGGAGAGGCAGAAGCAAAUCCGCGAGGACUACGAGCGCAAGCUGGCCGACAUGCGCAACGAGUUCAAAAAGCUGCAAAUGAUCGAACGGGAGCACAAGCGGAUGCAGGCCCGCCAGGAGGUCGAACGACAACAAAUGACGCGCUACCAGUCCGAGUUGAAGGACCUGAAGAAGGUCAAGGUUGACCUCGUCAAGCAGAUCCGCGACGCCAUCAAGAAGUCACAACAGGAGCAGAUGAAGAGCGCCAAGAAAAUUGCCGCGCUCGACAAGGAGGCCAGGAAGAAGGACGGACAGAUCAAGACACUCGAGAUGAAGGACAAGCAGCGAGAAGCUUUUAUGAAGCGGACCACUGAUGAGGUCAACCGACUCCGCAAGCAGCAACGCGACGCGCAACGUGUGGCAGCGCUGGAGAAGAGGCUGAUGAGGAUUGUGAAUGAGAAGAAUGCCGUGCAGAGGAUGGAAGAGGAAUUGGAGAGGAGGAUUGAUGAGAGACAUAGACUCCUCGAUCAGAUCAGUGCACUGGAAAAAGCCUUCAUCUCCGUGCAAGAAGUCACUGAGCGCGAGGCCAUUGGGGAGGAGCUGGAGGGAGUACGCGAAAAACUGACCUACGUCCAGGACAUCAUCCAAGAAUCCCAGCUAGCUAUCACGUCGGUGGAUGAUGCCAAGGUGCGUUUCCAAUGGUUU